GCCGCGCUCGCCCGGGACCUCGCGCACGGUCCCGCGCCUAAUUAAAUUAAUUAGGGCGCAGCGCGCGGCGGGCGGGCGACGCCGUGGCCGCAGUGCCCCGCGGCGGGCGGGCGACCGGCGAGGACGGGAGGAAGGAAGGGAGGAAGGAAGGGGUCCAUUCAGAGCUCCGAGGGGAGGUAAUUCGCCGGGAACGAGGGGCCGGCUUUGCAAAGUAUAAAUAGUGCCACUUCAAUCGCGGCGUCGCUAUCAGACCCCGGGAGCCCUGCACGUCGGGCGGCACGGCCCGGCCCGGCUCGGCACGGCCCGGGGCGCCGCCGCCUCCCCGCCCCGUGGAUGCCCGCCCGGGGAGCCGGGGCAGCGCGCCCCUGAGCCAUGGAGGAGCUGACGGCGUUUGUCUCCAAGUCGUUUGAUCCCAAAGCCAAGGAGAAGAAGGAGCUCAUCACCUACCGCGAGGUGCUGGAGAGCGGGCCCCUGCGCGGCGGCGGCGGCGGCCCGCGGGAGCCCGGCGGGGCGGCGGCGGAGCCGGGCCGGGAGGACACGGGCAGCCCCGCGGCGCGGCCGGCCGGGCGCUCCCCGCCGCGGGAGCCCGACGCCGCCGCCGAGAGAGCGGCCGAGGCGGCCACCCCCAAGCUCAGCGACGUGUCCCCAGAGCUGAAGGAGCGCAAGGAGGAUGCGAAAGCGAUGGAAGACGAAGGGCAGACGAAAAUCAAGCAGAGGAGGAGCCGGACGAAUUUCACCCUGGAGCAGCUGAACGAGCUGGAAAGGCUUUUCGACGAGACCCACUACCCGGACGCGUUCAUGCGGGAGGAGCUGAGCCAGCGGCUGGGGCUCUCCGAGGCCAGGGUGCAGGUUUGGUUCCAGAACCGCCGGGCCAAGUGCCGCAAGCAGGAGAACCAGCUGCACAAAGGGGUGCUGAUCGGGGCCGCCACGCAGUUCGAGGCCUGCCGGGUGGCUCCCUACGUGAACGUGGGCGCGCUGAGGAUGCCCUUCCAGCAGGUGCAGGCGCAGCUGCAGCUGGACAGCGCCGUGGCCCACGCUCACCAUCACCUGCACCCGCACCUGGCCCACGCCCCCUACAUGAUGUUCCCCGCGCCGCCCUUCGGGCUCCCGCUGGCCACCCUGGCCGAGUCCGCCUCCGCCGCCUCCGUGGUGGCCGCCGCCGCCGCCGCCAAGACCACCAGCAAGAAUUCCAGCAUCGCCGACCUCCGCCUGAAGGCCAAGAAACACGCCGCCGCCCUGGGGCUGUGACCGCGCUGCUGCUGCUUUAUUAUUAUUUUUUUUUUUCU